AUGGUUUUGCCACUUCUUCGUCGUAUGACACAUCUCGAAAAGUUAACUUUGUAUCUUCGUACAUGGGAAAAAUCAUUCGUUGAUUAUACACAUCUUCACAAUGACAUUCUUGUUUAUAUGCUUCAACUUCAUACAUUCAUCUUUUAUAUAAGUACAGAAGCAUUUAUUGAUGAUUCAGUUUAUCAUAGAUCUAAUGAUGAUAUUGAAAACAAAUUUAUAAACAUAAAAUACGGACAAAUGACUUGUAUUAUUGAUCAUUUCAAAAAGUUUGAAGGUAUAUGUCAUGUUUAUUCAAUUCCAUAUACAUUCACUCGUCUGAUAAAGAUCUCAAACCAUUUUCCAAAUAUUGUAUUUAACACUGUAACUCAUUUACUUCUCUUCGGUAUCGCUCCAAUGAAACAUGACUUCUUUAUGCGAAUUAGUCAAAAUUUUCCAAUACUGAAGUGUCUGGUUAUACAGAAUGAAAUGGUGCAAUCAUGGAACCGUGAUGAAUUAAAAUCUGAUAAGAAUCCAUUUGAUUCCAUUAUGGAAUAUUUUCAUCUGAUAUCACUUGACCUUUUAAGUGCUAAUACGGAUUAUGUGGUGCAAUUUUUACUUGAAACAAGGGCAUAUUUACCUCGUCUUACUGAAUUAAAAGUUCAUUAUAGGGACUUAGCACUUGUAACAAAGAACUUUACAAGAGAUGCAACAAGACGGAAUUGUUCUAAAGUAAAACAAUUAUUUUUCGAACAGAAAAUAUAUUGUUCAAACGAUCUCUAUGAAUAUUUUCCUUCAUUGUAA